AUGCCACCGGUUGAUAAAACUCCCAGUGCGAAUAUGGAAAAUUUUGAACUUCUUUAUGCUCUCCAAGCUUACGGCAGGAUUCCAGUGUCGGAAUAUAUAUCCAAAAAGACUGGUUUGACCGUAGUUAUAGCUGAAAUUGAAGGGCCGGUAGUCAAUGGAUACUUUUGCUUAGCUACUGAAGCCUUUGAUGACGAUGGCUUACCUCACACCUUGGAACACCUUAUAUUUUUGGGCAGUGAGGAUUAUCCCUUUAAGGGUGUUUUGGAUCUUUUAGCCAACCGAUGCUUGGCAUCUGGUACGAAUGCUUGGACUGACAUUGACCAUACUUGUUACACGAUGGAGACAGCUGGAAGCGAGGGAUUCCUAACCCUGAUGCCUAUAUUCUUGGAACACAUUUUGUACCCUGUUCUCACUGAGGAAGGUUUCAUUACCGAAGUUCAUCACAUAACUUCGGAAGGUACUGACGCAGGAGUGGUUUAUUGCGAAAUGCAGGGUAGAGAGAACUCUGCUGAAUCCCGAAUGCACUUGAAUAUUGCUAGGAAUAUCUAUCCAGGGAAAUGUGGGUACUCUUCCGAAACAGGAGGUAUAAUGAAGAAUUUGAGAGAAUCAACAAGUAAUAUCAAAGUGAAAAAUUACCACAAGGAAUUCUACAGGCCAGAAAAUUUAAAAAUAAUAAUUACUGGUCAAGUAAGUCCGCAUGAAGUAUUCAAGUCACUGGAGAAGUUGGAAGAGAAAAUCGUUUCCAGGGGAAAUGCAAAGCCUUUCGAACGGCCAUGGCAGAAUCCAGUCCCUCCACUUACUGAGGGUUCAAAGGAAUUGGUGAUAAAAUAUCCAACAGAUGAAGAAACUAACGGAUUAUACUGCAUUGCUUAUAGAGGAGCUUCCUGUGUCAAAGAUAUAUAUUCAGUCACAGCCACAAUUCUUUUGCUGAAAUAUCUAACGGAAUUUUCUGUAUCUCCUCUGCCAAAAGCGCUGGUGGAAAUUGAGGAUCCCUACGCUAGUAAAGUAUCGUACAAUGUGAGCGAAAACUCCGAGACAUGCCUUUACAUAGCUCUCGAAGAUGUUCCUAUCGGUAAAUUGCCGGAGGUGGGUUCCAAGCUGAGGGAAAUUUUGAAGAAAAUUCUCGAGGAUAAGUCAAUCGAUCUGGAACAGUUACGUAGCAUAAUCAACAAGUUCAAACUGGAGAGUUUGAGUAAUCUCGAAAACAGCCCUCAUCAAACGAUCGCAUUCAUGAUAAUUGGGCACAUGCUGUACGGAUCAACUGAGCAGGACUUGCAACAAAGAAUAAACCCUCUCACUGAUUUGACCAAACUGCUUAAAGAGCCUCAGUCAUUUUGGCUGGACAUUCUUCGGAAGUACCUCGUAGAAAACGAACACGUUGCGAUUCAGUGCGUCCCCAGCAAGGAGGAACAGCAAAAGAUGGCUAAGGAGGAGAAGGAGAGAGUAGAAAAUCAGAUAUCGUCGCUGACUGAGGAGGGUUUACAGAAGAAGGGAGAAAUAUUGGAAAGAGCAAUCGAAUUCAAUGAUCGCGAACCGCCUAUGGAAAUGCUGACUUCAGUGGCGAUCCCCAGCUUUGGUUCAAUAAGGUUCCAUAAUAUCGAGAGGUUCAGGAGUGAUUUGGGGAAGAACAGCAGAUUGGAUUUGUCGGAAACUCCAGUGUUCACGUAUUUCGACCACCUGAAGACCAGUUUUGUAUAUAUGUUCGCCGUGCUGGACACGUCCAGCAUCCCCUCCGAACUGAGGACCUACCUCCCGUUGCUUCUGGAAUCCCUUCUGGAACUCCCCCUCGAACGCGAUGGACAGAUAAUCCCAUACGAAGCCGUCGUCGCACAGUUAAACGACGAUACCGUCAACAGCUCCACCUCUAUCGGUCUGCAGAGGAGCAACUUUUUCUCUUGCGGCAACUAUUCGACGACUGCCACCGUAAUCCUCCAAGUGGAGGCGGCCAAAUACGAAAUCGGACUGAGGUGGUUGAAGGAGCUGCUGUACAAGACGAUCUUCACGGCGGAGCGGUUGAAGGUGAUUGCGAUGAAGCUGAACAACACCGUGUCACAGUACAAGCGUAAUGGACGAAGCGUCGUUUCUUAUGCCAUGAAGGGAAUGAGGUAUUCGGAAGAUAGCAAUAUCAUGAAAAAUGGAGUUUUGCAACAAAGCAAAUUUUUAACCGAAGUUAUCAGGAAGUUAGACGGCGAAGGUUCUAAAGACAUUGUGGCAGACAUAGAGAAAGUAAGGAAAAUCAUAACCAGCCCCUCAAACUUGGUCCUAUACAUUGCUGGUAACUUGGACAUUCUGUCAAACACCUCUAAACCUCUAGAAGCUUUCCUUCCUCCAGAAAUUGAAGUGACCGAGAAACAGCAGAAACUGAAAGUUACCCCGGACUACAAACUUAUGAAAGACUUAGAUGACUCUGAGAAUGGGUGCAUCAUCGGUAUGGGCUGUUUGGAGUCUUCGUUCUUUAUUCAGACCACAAAAAGCAUUUCCUCCUACACUGAUCCGGAUUUACCAGCCUUAAUGCUUUACUUGCAGUACCUCAUUCAGGCAGAGGGUCCUAUGUGGAAGCAAAUAAGGGGCAAAGGGUAUUCGUACGGCUACACAAUGGUAACUAAAGUCAGCGAAGGCUUACUGUACUUGAUUUUCUCUAAGGCAACUAAUGUCGUUGGAGCUUACAAGGAAACCAAAGACAUAAUCUCAAAACAGUUGAAGCUUAAGGAAUGGGACAAAACUCUGCUGGAAUCCGCGAGGAGUUCUAUUAUUUUCGAAAUAAUAGACGAAGAGAAGACCAUUGGAAGUGUGGUUACUCUGUCUUUCACGUCAUAUUUCGAUGGGGUCGAUUAUAAGUUCAACAGGGCUCUUUUGGAGUCGAUAGAUAAAGUAACUAUUGAGGAUCUGAAUAGAGUUGGAGAGAAGUAUGUGGCUCCGCUAUUUGAUCCUAAGAAGGUGAAGACUGCUGUGGUAACCGAUCCUGCUAAGUCGGAGGAGAUUGCUGCCGGUUUUAAAAAGCUUGAUUUGGAAUUGACUGUUUAUCCUUCGUUGGAGGAAAGUUUUUUAAAUAAAAUUUGAAGGCUGCUAAGAAAGGGGAAAGUCUGAUUUUGCUUCACAUCCUAUACUUAGGCUUUGUUUAUCACCGAUGUAUUUUUCUAUGUUAAUAAAACUGUUAACACCCACA